AGCCAACAGGAGAAGAACGGACCACAACGAUGACACUCCGACGAUUGGGAAGUGUCUGUGCUAGAUCACUCCUCAAAACAAACCACAUUCGCAGGACUUCAAAUAGAUUUUGCUCCUAUUAUCCAAUUAAUGAUAAUUUGUUUGGAUUGAACAGCGAAGAAAAGCAGUUGAGAGAAUCAGUGUUCCAGUUUUGUCAAAAGGAGUUGGCACCGAAAGCUGGUGAAAUUGACAAAUUAAAUGAAUUCAAAGACAUAAAGAAAUUCUGGCUGGAAUGUGGCAAACUUGGACUUUUGGGAAUUACUGCUCCAGCUCAGUAUGGUGGUUCCGAGAUGUCAUAUCUAGAUCAUGUGUUAGUGAUGGAGGAGAUGUCGCGAGCGUCUGCAGCCAUUGCGCUUAGUUAUGGAGCACAUUCUAAUCUGUGUGUGAACCAGUUGGUGAGGAAUGGUACAGAGGAACAAAAGCAGAAAUAUCUGCCACAGCUGAUCACUGGGGAGACAGUAGGUGCUCUGGCAAUGAGUGAACCUGGAUCUGGAUCUGAUGUGGUGUCCAUGAAGCUCAAAGCUGAAAAAGAUGGUGAUUUCUAUGUAUUGAACGGAAACAAGUUUUGGAUAACAAAUGGUCCUGAUGCUGAUGUGUUGGUGGUUUAUGCCAAAACUGACUUAAAGACAGAUAAGCCACAGCAUGGUAUCACAGCAUUUAUUAUUGAAAAGGGUAUGGCUGGUUUCAGUACAGGCUUGAAGCUAGACAAGCUUGGGAUGAGGGGAUCUAACACAUCAGAACUGAUCUUCGAAGACUGCAGAGUACCAGCUGAGAAUAUAUUAGCAGAAAAGAACCGAGGCGUGUAUGUAUUAAUGAGUGGGCUGGACAUUGAGAGACUGGUGUUAGCUGCUGGUCCCCUUGGGAUCAUGCAAGCAUGUUGUGACGUGGCCUUUGAUUAUGCACACCAACGUAAACAGUUUGGUCAGAAGAUUGGUGAGUUCCAGAUGAUCCAGGCAAAACUGGCUGAUAUGUACACAACCCUCAACGCCUCUCGCUCCUACACCUACAACGUGGCCAGAGCCCUCGACCGUGGGGAGAGACAUCCUAAUGACUGUGCUGCAGUUAUCCUAUAUACUGCUGAGGCAGCCACCAAAAUGGCUCUAGAGGCAAUACAAAUUCUGGGUGGUAAUGGUUACAUAAACGAUUAUCCUACUGGUAGAUUGUUACGAGAUGCAAAACUUUAUGAAAUUGGAGCUGGAACAAGUGAAGUGCGCAGACUUGUGAUUGCCAGAGCCAUUAACGCUCAUUACAACUCCUAAAAAUGAACGACACAGAAACCUAAGGUUGAUGUUGAGUUUUACUCAAGAGAUUAGAUAUACAGGUACUCAAGAUAUUCUGAGCUGGCACCCAGAUAUUGUAAAAUUUCUUGAACAAAAUGACUCAUAAUAAUGAAUAUUUCAACUUGUAAAAUGUUUCCAGAUAUUUUCAAAAGAAAACAAAUCAAUGUCUUAAUUUUCUGUUUAGACUUAAAAUAUGUCAAUCAAUCUAAUGCAACCAUGCGUUGAUACAAAACUGUACCUAUACUGUGUCCUUUAUUAGUCACACAAAAAAAUGAAUCAAUUAAAAAAAGACUUCUAAAUUUAUUCAAGCAUGAAUUAUUUCAAACAAAUAUAUAUUGUGUAAGAUAUGGAGAGUGAGUAGAUGUGAGUUAGUGAGAGUGUAUGUUUCUGUGAUACAGGUGUGGUGAGUUGAUGAGAAUGUGUGGCAGCUGUUGUAUAUUGUUGAUGAUCCCCAUCUCAGGUAUUACUGAUCAGUGCUACAGAUGCUGGAGAAAAGUAAUAACAUUACAGGAUGUGUUUUGUUUUUGUGUUUUAGAAAGAUUUUUGUUAUUGAUAUCUUCAUGUGUUUACCUAGAUAUCAACAUUAAAAUACUGUUGUUUUAGCAUGUGAUAAACCCCCAAUUACCUGUCAAUGGAUUUUGAUAAUACCAAAAAAAAAUGUAUUUCUGUUAAUUGUGAUAUGAUACCUGACAGUUUACGACUGAUCCAGUUUAACCUGUAAGCACAGAUUGUUUAUUUUGCUGAUGUAUUAAAAGCAUUUCCCCAUAUAUAUAGUGUGUUAAGAUAAAAAGUUAAUGAACAAUCAUGUAAUGUGAUUCGGUUUUUGAUAUACGACAUACAAUGAAAAUUAUUUGUAGUGAAACCAAGUGAACCCAAAAUAUCAGUAUAUUACCAAGGUAAUCAGGUCACAAGUGUAAAACAUACAUAACUACCAUAAUACAAGUUCUCUUCACAACAAACCCCAGGGGACAUAACUCUGAUUUGGUAACGUGUAUAGUUGGACAAUAAUAAUGUUGAUACUGGACAUGCUUUAUUCUGUGUUUUAUUUCUGAUGAUUUCAGUUUUAAUUUGAUUGAUAUGUUGUAAACUUAAGACGGGAUGUCCUGUAAAGUGAUAAUAAAACUUACAAUAA